AUGGUUGCAAGAGGUUGCUAUACUUGUCGCCGUCGGCGCAUCAUUUGCGACAAUGCCCAGCCCACCUGUCAAAAGUGUCGAGAUGCCGGAAAGGAAUGCUUGGGAUAUCAGAAGCCUCUCGUUUGGGUUAAGGGAGGUGUGGCUAGUCGUGGAAAGAUGAUGGGCCGCAGUUUUGAAGAGGUUACAAAGAAGAGUCCCCGUCGCGUUGGGGAAUCCCAUGAAUUAUCAGUACCAGCACCAACCGAGAACACGAAUCCUCCGUCUACAGUCGAAGUCCUCAACCAGUCUGUCCCCAAUACAUCAAAUCAAAUCGCCGUCCCUAAUGGUUCAGAUAUAUUGCCUUUAGGUUCUUCUGGGGCUGCUCAGCAGCGGGGAAAGAAUAAUUGUCAGGUUUCCGCAUCCCGGAACACCUCUACUACAGAUGGUACCCAUAUUUUGCCGGGCUUGGUCGACCCUAUUCUCAAAGAUAUCAAUGGGUUGGCGAGAUUCUACAUAUAUCAUUUCAACAAGAAAACAGCAGGCGAUCUUGUUCUCUAUUCAAACACUCAGAAUCCAUACCGUGAUCUUAUCUCCCUAGUCGGAGAAUCUCCCCUUCUUGCCAACGCUCUUUCUGCUACGGGGGCCUUGCAUUAUGCGCUUCUGGCAGAUGGUGAUUUCUCGCCAAUGCCGUGGUCCACGGGCGAGCCGACUGCCAAUGGGACACUCUUGACUCCCAAGGAAGUGGAAAGGGAGGUGACAAGUUCCAUGUCCCGUCGUCCGUCCUCAAAAGUAUACGAGCAUUUCUUGGGACUCAAACAGCGUGCCCUCCGUCAGCUGUCCCAAGACAUCUGCGAUCCGGUCAAACGGAACGACGAUAAGACAGCGGCAGCCAUAAUGGUCCUCGCACUCAUGGAUGCCAUUGAAUCCGGUGACGAAGCAUGGAAAUACCACUUGGAAGGAGCAAAGAACUUGCUAAACAGUCGUCAGCAUGGGUUCGACGCCAGCCGUUCCCAAGAGAUCCUCGGCUGGCUGGACACAUUGACUGUCGACGGGUGCCUCAUCAUCGAACUCAUGGGCUCAACACUCGCCCGACCGGGCGUCCUUUCCAAACCUUUCUACUCCCCCUCCAUGGGCCCAACAGCCCUCCGCCGCCUCGAAAAGACCUCCUGGGUCGGCUGCCCCGCCUACCUCCUCGAAGUCAUCUUCUUCGUCCACGCCCGCUUCUGCCACGCGGACACCACCACCCACGAACAGCAAGACCAAGAACAGCAACCAACAAUGCUCUUCUCCUCCUCCUUCCUCCCCUCGAACUCGAAACCCCUGCAAUCCCCCCAAGCCCUCCUAAAGCACAUCCAAGCUUUCGACCCCAUCGCCUGGGCUAUCGACCUGCAAUCCUACCUCUACCUCCCAGACCUAACAAUGCGCAUCGCCCUCGCAACAACCUACAAAGCAGCCGUUUACCUCUACACAAGCCGCGUCCUCUCCCGCCCGCGCACUGGCUCCUCCUUCCCCCCCACAAACACAGACGAAUGGUUCGGCCUCCCGCACGACCACACAGCCGUCGCACACAUCCUCAUCGACCAACUCGCCGUGAUCCCGCCGCAGGACCCGCACUUCAAGUGCCUUAUCUGGCCUACGUUCAUCGCGGGUGCGGAGUGUCGGGAUCCAAGCCAUAGGCCGUUUAUUCUAGAUAGGUUGUCGGCGCUGUAUUAUGCGAUUGCGACUGUGAAUGUGCGGAAUGCGGCGUGGGUAUUGAGUCUUAUGUGGCGGAAACAGGAUCUCAGGAGGGAACAGGCGAGUGCUUCUGAUGGCGAUGAUUACGAUAAUGAUGAUUUCGAUUGGAUUCAAGAACUUGAUGAGUCACGGAUUGAUUGGUUGUUUAUUUAA